UUUGCAUUAUCAAUUUUCGCGGUAAUUGUCUCCCUUCGUCUGAAUCAUGAGGGGCCUACAUUCGCUUCGAAUCGCGGGAGUCUCUGAUCCAUUCGUAAAUGAAACGUUCAUCGUGCCGUCUGACAUUUUUCGCAGCGACGGUGCCACAUGUCAUUUCGUCAUUUUAGGUGUACGGUGCGUGUCCUUAAUUGCCGCGACGAUCGGGGGGGCGAAACCCGACCGACAAAAUUUAAUGUCCGCGGCAAACAGGACGAAGCGGGGGUGCCACAUCUCGAACAUGAGCGCAAAGUCUUGACGUGUGCAGUUUUUUUUUCGUCCGUUUUGUUUACCACUAAAUAUUUGAAUUAAACAAUUGAUAACGAUGUUAUCGUUGUUGUAUAAAUCUACAUACGCGUUCGUGGUGUUUUACUAUGCGAUAGUACCCCUCGGAUAUAUAACCAAGUAAGUGUUGGUGGUGGGUGAUCAACGAUCCCGAUGAAAAAAUGAAAGGUAACAGCACUAUUUUGGUGACCGGUGGCGCGGGCUAUGUAGGAUCACACACGGUGGUCGAGCUUCUUAAAAAUAACUAUACGGUAAUCGCGGUGGAUAAUUUGGUCAAUUGCUACGCUGAGAGGGAUGGGGAAAAGCCCGAGUCGCUCAAGCGGGUUGAACAGAUAACCGGGGAGAAGGUGACUUUUUACAAUGUGGACAUAAGGGACAAGGACGCUUUGGAUAAGGUGUUUAAGGCGCAUAAAAUCGAUUCGGUUAUUCACUUUGCGGCACUGAAAGCUGUGGGCGAAUCCGUAAAAAUCCCGCUGACAUACUACCAGAAUAACAUUUUCGGUUCGAGCACGUUGUUCGAGGUUAUGGCGAAUAAUGGCGUGAAAAAGUUGGUCUUUUCGUCUUCGGCAACGGUUUACGGCGCGCCCCAAUUUUUACCUAUCACUGAGGAGCACCCGACCGGACAGGGUUGCACGAAUCCAUACGGAAAGACCAAGUAUUUUGUCGAGGAGAUUUUGAAAGAUGUCUGCGCCUCAGAUUCGGAAUGGAAAGUGAUCCUGUUGCGGUAUUUCAAUCCGGUGGGAGCGCACGAAUCGGGAUUGAUCGGCGAAGAUCCCUCAGGCAUACCAAACAAUUUAAUGCCUUACAUAGCGCAGGUAGCGGUAGGUCGUCGCGAAAAACUGUCAGUAUUCGGUGGAGACUACCAUACCCACGAUGGUACCGGCGUUAGGGACUACAUCCACAUCACGGACCUGGCUAUAGGUCACCUAAAGGCAUUGGAAAAAAUGCUGCAGCCAGCAUUCAAGUCUUGGAAAGCUUAUAACCUCGGUACCGGUCAAGGUUUGUCGGUUUUGGAUAUGGUGAAGGCUUUCUCGGAGGCUUCGGGUCGUCAGAUCAGGUACGAGAUCGUGGGACGCAGGGAGGGGGACAUAGCAGAGUGUUACGCGGACGCGUCCCUGGCCAGACGGGAGCUGAACUGGGUGGCAAGCAGAGGCGUGCUAGACAUGUGCAGAGACACGUGGAAUUGGCAACAGCGAAACCCAAAGGGGUUCCAGAAUGCUCGAUGAAGGCCGCCAACGUUGUCGCCUCAUCAGCAAUGACUGGCCAAAGUCGUUUCCUCACUCGCCUGGAAGUUCCUGGGAUAUUAAAGCAUUUUUAUACAACAAAUAUAGAGAUAUAUACGGUUUAAAAAGAAAUUUAUAAAUAGGAGAUUGACGAGAAAAAAAUUUUUUUUUGCCUCUUUAUUGGAAAGCGGUUUUGCCAAUGGAUAACAUUUUAAACUUGCCAUUUUUUGUUUCGCUUUAUUCAAUGACGUCACGAUUUUUGUAAUUCAACUCUCAUCGAAAAAAAAAUACAAAAACACGACAAAUGGAUAUUUGUCCUGAGAAGAUUCUCAUCCUCGUUUAAUCACUUUUUAUUAAGGUGAUUGCGAAAUUCUUAGUAUUUUAAAAUGUUUUGAUUUUUUUCCCUGAAACUGAAAAUUAUUGGGAAAUUUCAUAGCUAACAAUUAACAAUUAAAACAAAAUGUAUAUAGUAUUUAAACGUUGUUGUUAUUUUGUAAUGAU